AUGUCUGAUGAGUUGUGCCUUUCGAAGGCCCAUUUUUCUUCUCUAUUAAUUUCCGGCUUAGUUAAUUUCUGUAACUUCAUUUUCUCUGAGCCUCUCUACUUUUGCUACUUCGUUUUCUUCUCCCCUUACCUUCUGAAACUCGUCUCCUUUCUCUCUCCUCUUUUUCUCACGACUUUCCUUCUUUCCGUCGCCGCCGGCAUUGUCCAGGAAAAGAUCUCCGUCACCGUUUCGCGAGAUCCUCUGUCCGAGAAUGAUUUCGGGGGCGAUGGGUUUGAGGGCACGGACGAUCUGGGAAUAUACGAAGUCCUGUUCGGGACGCGUUUGUUGUUCGAGGAAAAUGAGAAACCCUCCAAGAUUCCGGAAGAAAAAAUAGAGGAAAGUCCUGGAUCGGGCGUGAAAUGUCGGAGCUUUUCUCAGAAAAAAGGGGUUUUCGAGGCUAAAAUGAUUGAGCAGAAUAAUCCAAACCCUGUUUUCCAAAUAAAAAAUUCAUGUCCCGCCUUGGAAGAAAGGAGGUUGGAGAAUUUCUUGAAGAUACUCCAACAGUUUGAGAAAAUGUCCACUGCUAACGCCGAUGAAAAGAAAAAAAUGGGCUUCAAAAUGGCCUUAGAAGGCCCCACAGACAAUAGCAUUACCAUGGACAACUCCGAAGAUGGCAGGAAAGGGCAAAAUCAUCCUCCUCCGGUUGUAAAAGGUCAUUCUCAUAGGAUGAGUUGUGAUGUAAGUGAUGAGAAUAAUGAGCCUAAGGAGCAUAUCCCGAAAGCCGACAGCUUGAGGACGUGGGGCCACAGCAACUCUGGAAGUUUUGGGUCGAUGAGAAAGGAAAAGGAGUGGAGAAGGACUCUGGCUUGCAAGUUGUUCGAGGAGCGGCACAAUGUGGAUGGUGGAGAGGGCAUGGACUCGUUGUGGGAGGCGUACGAAACGGAUUCGAAUAAGUCAGUCGACCCUAAGAAGAAAAGGAGUAAGAAGACGAGCAGCAUUGAGUUUGUUGAGGAUCAUGAGGAUGAGGAUGACGAGGAUGACGAUGUUGUUGAUGGCCAGUUGUGCUGUCUGCAGGCGGUUAAGUUGUCGGCCGGGAAAAUGAAUCUGGGCAUUGGGAGGCCUAACCUUGUCAAGAUUUCAAAGGCCAUUAAAGGAUUUGGGUGGCUGCGCCACGUGAGCAAGCAUAGCAAGAAGGUGCAUGAUAAUGGGGAUAGGUAG